CUUAGUGUUAAAGAAAAAGAAAAUAGCAUUUGGAUAACAUAACCCUGUAAAAAGAACCAGGGAAGAGAUAGAUAGAGGGUGAGUGUGAGCUUGAGCCAAAAACUAUGGCUACUUGUUCAUUAUCUGCUGCAUUAUUAUCUCCUCUUACUCUUAGCAAUGCAUCUUCCAUUCCUACCAAACAUGAAUUCUCAGCCCCUUCUCUUGUAAAUCUCAGAAGAACCCUAAGUCCCUCCCAUACCCUUUGGAACAACUCAAACUUCACAACUUUUGCUGCUCCUGAAGCUUUGGAGACUGUUCCUGAAUCAUUUCAGAAUGGUUCUGAGACUUCAUCACUUAGCAUUGCUGCUGAUCAGAUGGCUCCGAAGCAGAAGAUACGAAUCAAGCUGAGGUCAUAUUGGGUUCCUUUGAUAGAAGACUCUUGCAAACAGAUAAUGGAUGCUGCGAGAACAACGAAUGCUAAAACUAUGGGACCAGUGCCAUUGCCAACAAAGAAGAGGAUUUACUGUGUACUCAAGUCACCCCAUGUUCACAAGGAUGCCCGAUUCCAUUUCGAGAUCCGAACUCAUCAGCGCCUCAUUGACAUAUUGUAUCCAACUGCCCAAACAAUUGAUUCAUUAAUGCAGCUUGAUCUCCCUGCUGGUGUUGAUGUGGAAGUUAAGCUCUGAAGGUCUUGGGUAAGAACUGUUCUAGCAUCAGCCAAUUUGAAAGAAUACAACCAUCUGCUCCUCCUUUUUCUUGUUCCAAGUGACUGUAGUUGAUUGGAUCCUCUGGUGCAUAUAUAAUUGAAUUCAGAUAUUUUCUUGUAAUGGUUACAUUAUAAUUUAACAACAACAUUUAGAACCCUAUGCAGUAAUACCCUUAAGUGGCUCCCGCUUAAUUGGGUUUGGGGGGAUCAAAUGUAAUUGUAAGCCUACCUUUACCCUCGUCUUUCGAAAGAUUAAAGAAUCAUUCAAUUUGCAUUUUGU